AUGAAGACAUUCACCGCCCUCCUGGCCGCAGCCGGCCUCGUCGCCGGCCAUGGAUAUGUCGACAACGCCACCAUUGGCGGCCAGUUUUAUCAGUUCUAUCAGCCUUACGUCGACCCGUAUUUAGCAACCUUGCCCGACAGGGUCUCUCGAUCCAUCCCGGGCAACGGCCCGGUCACGGACGUCACUCUCAUCGACCUGCAGUGCAACGCCAAUUCCACCCCGGCCAAGCUCCACGCCACUGCCGCUGCCGGCUCGGACGUGAUUCUCCGCUGGACGCUCUGGCCUGAGUCGCACGUUGGCCCCGUCAUCACCUACAUGGCCCGCUGCCCCGACACGGGCUGCCAGGACUGGAUGCCGGGCACUUCUGCGGUCUGGUUCAAGAUCAAGGAGGGCGGCCGCGACGGCACUUCCAACACCUGGGCCGACACCCCGCUGAUGACGGCGCCCACCUCGUACACGUACACGAUCCCCUCCUGCCUGAAGAAGGGCUACUACCUGGUCCGCCACGAGAUCAUCGCGCUGCACGCCGCCUACACCUACCCCGGCGCGCAGUUCUACCCGGGCUGCCACCAGCUCAACGUCACGGGCGGCGGGUCCACCGUACCGUCGAGCGGCCUGGUGGCCUUUCCCGGGGCGUACAAGGGCAGUGACCCCGGGAUUACGUACGAUGCGUAUAAAGCGCAAACGUACCAGAUUCCUGGGCCGGCGGUCUUUACUUGCUGA